AUGGAUAUCGGUGGCCUGACGACAGUGGUGGCCAACUCUGCCUACAUCUCAGCCCGCGGAAGCUUUGAUGGCACUGCCAACCCCGCAUCCAACCGAGACAGGAAGUACCACUCCCGCCUGAAACUGCCUCACAUCACAGUGUGUGAAGGGCUGCAGGAGACUUUAGAUCUGGGCUUCCAGACAGUCUGUGUGGAGCAGCCCAUCGGCAAACGUCUCUUUCAGGAGUUCCUGGACUCCAACAAAGACUACAAAGGCCCCUGCCGCCUGUGGAAGGAUAUUGAGGAAUACAACAUGGCUGAGGAUGAGGAUCGGGCCAAGAAAGCCAGCAAGAUCUUGUCCCGGUACAUGGAGCCUGACGCCAAGUAUUUCUGCCCCUUCCUGCCGGAAAAUGGCAUCACAAAGGUCAAAGAGAAACACCAAGAGGCCGGGGAUGAUCUUUUCAGUGAGACCAUGGAUAAUGUGAUGGACUUUCUCAAGGAAGUGCCCUACACUUUCUUCCUGGAAAGUAUGUAUCUGAAAAGGUUUCUGCAGUGGAAGUGGUUGGAGAUGCAGCCCAUGGGUGAGGAUUGGUUUUUGGAUUUUCGUGUUUUGGGGAAAGGAGGGUUUGGGGAAGUGUCUGCCUAUCAGACGAAGGCCACAGGGAAACUGUACGCAUGCAAAAAGCUCAACAAGAAGAGGCUGAAGAAAAGAAAAGGCAAUGAGGGGGCGAUGGUGGAGAAGAGGAUCCUGGCUCGCGUUCACAGCAGGUUCAUUGUCUCUUUGGCGUACGCCUUCCAGACAAAAACAGAGCUGUGUCUGGUCAUGACCAUCAUGAACGGAGGAGACUUGAGGUAUCACAUUUAUAACGUGGAUGAGGAUAACCCGGGAUUGGACGAACCGAGGGCCUGCUACUACGCUGCUCAGAUCAUUCAGGGCCUGGAGCACCUCCACCAGAAGAGGAUCAUCUACAGAGACCUCAAACCAGAGAACGUGCUGCUGGAUAAUCAAGGUAACGUGCGUAUCUCUGACCUUGGUCUGGCUGUGGAGCUGGCUGAUGAUCAGUUCAAAAUCAAGGGUUACGCCGGGACUCCAGGGUUUAUGGCUCCUGAGCUGCUGAAGGGAGAAGAGUACGACUACUCCGUAGAUUACUUCACUUUGGGGGUCACUCUGUAUGAGUUUAUGGCCGCUAAAGGACCCUUCAGGACCCGAGGAGAGAAGGUGGAGAAUAAGGUGGUGAAGCACAGGAUUCUGAAUGAUCUGGUAACAUAUCCAGAGAAGUUCAGUGAGAACGCCCGAUCCAUCUGUGAGGGUUUACUGUUCAAAGAGGUCGACAAGAGGCUCGGCUUCAAGAACGGAUCAUGUGAUGAGAUCAGGGCGCACGCCUUCUUUAGCAGCAUUACCUGGAGGAAACUCAAUGCAGGAAUACUCACACCCCCCUUCGUGCCAGACUCAAAGACAGUCUAUGCCAAGGACAUCGGCGACGUCGGGGCCUUCUCCACGGUUAAAGGCGUGCAGCUUGAAGACAAGGACAAUGAUUUUUUUGCUGAGUUUGCCUCGGGGAACAUCUCCAUCCCCUGGCAGGAGGAGAUGAUCGAAAUGGGGAUCUACGGCGAGCUCACACUCUGGGGAGCAGCGGGCGCUUUGCCCAACGACCUGCGACGUGAAUCCAUCCUGGAGCAGCCGCCCAAAUCCUCCACCUGCACGCUGUCGUAA